AUGGAGGGGGAGGAUAGUUUUGUGGCUCUAGUUCACUGCUUUGGAAAAAUUCAAAAGAGCAAAAGGCAUGGUGUAAAAUUCACAGAUAGAGAACCGCUUAGUGUUUUUAUUCGAUCGUCGAAUACGUUGGCAGAGAUUAAGCAAAGCAUAUUACGAAAGCUCGGUACGUGUGGGACGAAGUGGGUAAAAAAAUUAUUUUACAAGAUUUCCAUUGACGUUGUCUCAACUGGUGUGAGAUAUGAGACCUUCGUGAUCGGGUCGGAUGAAGACUUGCAGGUCUUGUUUCACUGCAGGCGUAGUUUUUCGGAGGUGAGGAUAACUGAGCGGUUUGCGAAAUUGGAAGAUGGUGUGGAUAGCUCUGGAGCAUCGGCACCUAAUCCUCAGUCGACCCCAGCUGGUGGUGCAUCAACAUCGAUGCCUGUGGUAGCAGUGGCCGUUCCGAAUGCGGAGCCCGAACGUGCUGGGGCUGUUCAUGCAUAUAUUGGUCCUGUUGUUUCUGAUUUUGAAUGCGAUGCCGGACCGGAUCGAGUUGAGAAUGCACUUGAGGAUGAUAUUCCAAGAGGUGGACGUUCAGCCCAUGGAGGUUCUGGUUCUGCAACACAAGAGUACCCUCCCUACCUCUCUUCUUUGAACUUGGAAGUCGUCGGCCAAGAGCAGAAUGUAGAUGCAACAUUCGAUGGGCAGGGGAUGCAUGAUGGGACACCUAUGACUGAAUUUCAGAUUGGCCAAUCUUUCCAGAGUAAAGAGGAAGUCGUGUUGAGUGUAAAAGAUUACAGUAUUCGGCGUGGAGUUGAGUACAAGGUUAUGGAGUCCGACAAUCUGAAAUACCAAGGAAGAUGCAAGGAGUUUGGUAACGGGUGCACGUGGUUGAUUCGGAUAGUCAUGCGAAAAAGGAAGAGCACAUGGAAAGUUAGGAGGUACAACGGUCCGCACACGUGUAUGGCCACAUCGAUAUCAAGCGACCACAAGCAGCUUGAUUAUCAUGUCAUUUGUGCGAGAAUCUAUCCGUUGGUUCGAGCUGAUGCGUCGGUGUCGAUCAAGGUGUUGCAAGAGGCAACGGAGGCGACUUAUGGAUUCCGGUCUAGUUAUCGGAAGGUGUGGUUGGCGAAGCAGAAGGCAGUAGCGCAAAUAUAUGGCGAUUGGGAGGAGUCAUAUGCUGAUCUGCCUCAGUGGAUCCUUGGAGUCUCAUGCACGAUGGAAGGCAUUCCGCCACUGUAA